CAGCAGCAGUAGCAGCAAAAGCAGUAACAACAGGAACAACAUCAGUAACAGCAAUAGCAACACCACUUCCACCGCACCGUCACCAUCGUCACGACCACCACUAUCACCAUUACCAUCACCACCACCACUACUACUACCAUCACUACACCGUCCUGGGCUGUCGCACGACCGUAUGAUAUGAUAUGGACUUAAGGUGAUAAUCGCGAGGUAAUUCGCGCGAUUCGGAGCCCACGGACUGCAAUCAUGUGCGAUGUGUGCGCCGACUUUCACGAUCUUCUGCUCUCUUAUGAUGAGAGAACUAAUCAAGAAGAAGAUGAGGUAGUAAAUCUUUGUGUUGUGGAUGUUGACACAAUAUUACAUUAUGUUAAUCAGUGGGUGCAAAGACAGUGUAUGUGCUGUUAUCGCGAAAUAAAAAACUUCGAUCGAUUUAUUAGGUUGCUUCACAAUAUUGUCCUUUGUACUUUACAACAAUUACAAGAAAUACAACAAGAGCAGGAAUAUGGUCAUAGAAAGAAGCAAGGAACAAGUAAUAGUGAUGGAGAUGAGAAUAAUAAGAAAGAAAAAGAAAAAAAUUUGGAGGAAAAAUCACAGAGUGUGGAAUCGUUGAGAUCUAAAUUACAUUGGACUCACCAAGAUAGAGAAAAAUUAUUUCACCUUUUAUCAAAAAUUUUUUUAUUGAAUUUCCCGCUUUACAUAGCAAUGAAGCAUGGUGGAGCUAUUAAUCCACUGGCCCCCAUUAAGGAUGAAGGAGGAUACUGUGAACCACAUGAUCCUGAGGUGCCGGCACCUUUGAUUCGUUCAGUAUCAGUGUUUUGUCAUCAAGGCGGAUUUAAUUUAAUGUCUGCUUGUUUUGACAUGGAAAAUACAUUACCUGUUGGUCUUGCACACUCUAUGGUAGCAGUAAUUUGUAAUUUAAAACUGUGGUUAAACUAUGGAAGUGUGAUUCAGUUAUUCAUACCUUUACGUAGUCGAGUUAUGAAAUAUAUGUGUAGAUUGACUGAUAAGGAGUUAAGAACUCCUGCUGUGAGAACAAUGGCAGAUUUUAUGUGGAGUGCAGUGAAAGAUCCGAUAGAUGCGGUAUUACCUACGUUUGAUCGGGAUGGCCUGGAUCUAGCUUUCAAAUAUUUUACAAGUACAACCUUAACGAUGCGUCUGGCUGGCAUAGCCCAAAUAAAUUCCCAUAUCACAGCUUUCAAUGAAUUGUGUAACAGUGAGACAGUAGCAGAGAUAGAGCAGGUCGGUCACGCCUUGGCAAUGUGGCUCACCGAAAAUAACAUAAUUGCCCAUAUUUUUGGGCCAAAUCUGCAUGUGGAGGUGAUCAAACAGAGCCACAUUGUGUUGAGCUUCCUCGCAAUGGAAGGGCGCAUCUCUUCGAUGGAUAUGGAUAUAAUGUGGCAGGCUGCCCAACUUAAGCACUGCGCUCGUCCAGUCUAUGAUCUUCUAGCGCCUUUGGUCAAGCAUUUGGCGCCAACUCCGGUGUUACAUCUCUAUUCACUGCUGGGAAAGCUUGAACCGAAAGAACACACGGAGCAAAGUCUGUUUCUCGUAUCUGCAUUGAUCAAAUUCAUUUGGACUUCAAGCAGUGCUGCAUAUUCUACCGCUUUAGCCAUCGAUAGUCGAGACCUGAGGCAUCUUACUGUAGAUGAUGGAAGUACAAGUAGUGAACCUAGUGGAAUGGAGGGCAGUAGUCCAGACGAGGAAGAAGAACCGAGCCCUGCACCCUCAGAAGGACCUUCGCCCAGAAAACAGCCAAGGAGCAACAGUGAGUGUGAAGGAACAUCAAAACAAAAGCCUUCAGAGGUGCUACAACUUGAAUCCGAAUCCUUUGAGAUGGAAAAAGUGCUUUUAUCAAAGGAGCGCACGAAAUUGAUAUCCGAGAAAAAUCAGCUUGAAGCAGAGGAAUCUAUUGAAAGCUCAUGUAAACGCGAGGGAAAACAAUCCAUGGAUGAAAAAACGAUCAUCAGCUGUUCAGAAGAGCACACGACCGAUGCGGAUACGGAUAAGUCAAAUGCUGAGGACACCAUUGUUAUUUUUGUGCGUAAAAAGAAAAAGGUGCUACGAAAACGUAAGAGACCACAAAAACGCUCGUCCAGCGGCAAUUCAAUGACUAUCACUAUGACGGCAACUACAAGCACCGUUGAAAACGAGACCAGUAAUGAUGUAGGUCAAGUAAACGAGUCACAAUGCAGCGAGAAUCUUACGACUUUCCCAGAAAGUGGAGGCCUUUCGAGCGAGCCUGAAAAAAGCAGAUCUGACUUUGCGGAAAAGCCCAUUAUUGACACUCUCGAUCGUGUAAAGCAAGAGGCGAUAUCCAUGGACCAAUCAGUAAGUACUGAUCAGCAAGUACCAACAGGCAGUGGGACACUCCUCACUCAGAGGGUAGAAAAAUCCAUGAGCACUGGUACCAGUAGUAGCAGUAAGUACACUGCGGCUAUGGGUAGACAUGAGGUUGUACAUUCCGCUGAGAGCUCGCACGACGAGGAUGAUAGCGAUAUUGUAGGCGUCGUUGCAAAUGGCGAAGGCACGAGUACUGUUACCUCCGAAUUGGCUUGCCUAGAUCAUGCUAGUACAUCACGCUUCUUGCCAACCUGCCUUGAUGAGAUGCUCUCGGACGAAGAGGGCUCCUACAGUAGUCGUAUAUCGAACAAAAGCGAAAAGAAUAUGGCAGACUUUGAUGGGGAGGAAAGCGGAUGCGAGGACGAACUGGCCCAGCUCGCGGCUCAACACCUCUCGGCUAUCCACAUGCAGGCCUACCAUCCCCAUCAUGCUCAUUCGGCGAUGAACGUGCGCAGAUCCGUAUGUCGAGCGCCACAGUCACGCAGUGUCCACCAAGGGGUCGCACGGCUUGGCACUCAGUUCAAUCUAGAAACCGUCUGCAAGCCCGGAAAUACUCUUCUCUGGGAUCUGCUACAGGAUGAGAAAAUUGGCCAGUUAGGGGAGGGUUUGGCGAUCGAAGCUGAAAAGGCGCUGUGCAAUCUUCUUUGUUACAAUAUCGAUCGUUCGAUACCUAUGAAGUUUAUCGAGGGCUGCCUUGAGAACCUUGCCUCCAAUCGUUCUGUCGUUAUUUCACUGCGAAUUUUGCCCAAGCUACUUGGUAGUUUUCAGCAGUUUGGUACUAUGGAUGCCCACACGAUAACGACCUGGGCAGAUCGUGAACGUGGCAUGAUGAAGCACUUUUUCAACAACCUAAAAACAUAUGCAAGCAUGGGCCCGAGAAGCCUUUAUUCCCAUCAAACGGAAGUGCAGGUUCGACUCCAAUUCCUUUCCUCAAUAUUCUCACCCUUGGGUUCGCCAGAUUGCUUCCGAUUAAGUCUUGAGCAAGUUGACACACUAUGGCAGUGUCUUGCUCAAGAACCCAGCUGUGCUGACGAGCUCUUCAGCUGGCUACUGAGUCAAGCCAAGUCCACUGAACAACACGCCCUUGGCAUGGACACCCUCAAGCACUUAUGUAUGCGUAAGCUACCAAGUCUGCCACCGGAAACAAUAAGCAUGACCGGCCUCAGUCUCUUCCAGCAACUCUGUAACCUCGCGCGACUCGCAGCUGUGCACCUUGACAGGCCGCUCAGAGAUGUCGAUUCUGUGGGAAUGGAUUUUCUUUGGAAGAUCGCACUCAGGGCGAAAAGUACAGAAGUCAGUAUGGCUGCUAUACAGUAUCUCAACGGCUAUUACAUGUCGCGCCAGCUCACCCAGGAAAUCGAGUUUGUUUCUCAAUGUAUGACGCAUUUGGCUGCAGCAAGUGCUGACCUCGGGACUAACGAGGAGGCAAGUCUGCGCUGCAUACAGCGUGCUCUGUUACUGCUUAGGACGCAUCUUGAGGCUUUCAGAAAACGGUACGCCUACCACUUAAGGAGGUGGGCCCUUGAAGGCAGGGGGGCCGGUAGUCACAUCGUUGCGAAUAACUCAGAGAGAAGUCAACAGCUCAGGCUCUUCGUUCAGCCGGCAGGUAUAUCUGAAAAAACGACGUUUACGUUGCUAAAUACAGACUACGUGGCUGAUCUGAGAGCUGAGGUAUCCAAAUGGUGGGACGAUACUCAUGCCCGCCUUGUUAUGGAUGACGGUAAAUCUCACAGCUCCGCUUCCAAGUCGAGCAUGUCAGCCGCAGGUUCGGGAUCAGUUCUCGGCUCUCUACUUACCGAUGGACCCAUCAGGAUGAUAACUCAGGGGCAGGAGCUCACUAUAGACUUCGAUGAGAAAACAUUAGCCGAAACGGGUUUUAAAGAUGGCCAACUUGUUUUUAUCUCACUUGGCGCCGGAAGAUGCAACGGGGGUGGUAGACCCGGCAAAAGAGAUAUGGAAUCGCCAUCUUUGCUACCACCACCACCCAGGGAUUCCCUACCUACGCUUUUACUAUUAAGACCACAAUAUUUUGAGCAAUUAUUCACACUCAUGCGCACGCUUGGUGCUAUGAAGACCGUCAGGAGCAAUCAAGAGAUACCGCAUACAAAGGCUCAGGUACUAUCACGAAGAGUUUGGGAUACCCUUACACUUCUUCCUACCAGUCCGACGCUGUUACAAGGUUUUCAAAAACUCGAUGAAGCUUCGUUACCAGAACUUUUAGAUCCAUCUAAUCCUCAUAAGCUAAUGUAUUCGCUGUACAUCGUUGAAUCCUUAUCAAAACGAUCGAGCCGUCGCGAUAUGAUGUCACUUGGCCACGAAGGCAGUGGCGAUGCGAGUAGCGGCGAUACGAGUAGCGGCGAUUCAGAUGAUACGCCAACUGAUUGGUCUACAAACUUCGUCCGACACGGUGGAUUGCGUCAUCUCUUUGAUAUUUUUAUGUCCGGUUGUCUAGAAGAUAGCGAUGGCAGUGAAUGGCAACAGGACUGUCUGGCAAGUCUGUUAAAGCAGCUGUGUCAUCUGGGAGUGGCAAGAGAUGGUAAAAGACGAAAUAAGGCCGAUAAGCUCGCGAUACCACGGCUCAAUAAAGAACUAUCGGCUCUUAUGGAUCUGGAAAAUGUUUUACCAAGAAUAAAAAAUAUUUUGGAAGAGGCUUCCAUGCCUCGCGAUCCCAAUCAAUAUAAAACCGGUCUUUUUGGAAGAUCACAGGUAAUACACUACGCAAUGGCUCUGCUAGUUUGUUGGGUGCAUAGCGAACCGUCGAUCGGACAAUCCCUUUUUGCCAAUGAUAAACCAUUCGGUAAAACAUGGUUACGCAGACUCGUACUUGAAGAUCCCGAACCAGCUGUGCGACGGGAAGUUUGCACAGCACUCUAUAAGCUCUGCCUCGGAAGCGUCGAGACCGAGGAAGACAUACUCUCGUCUUGCUUGCUCGAUACGUCCCCAGCUACACUUAUAGUACCAUUACUGACUGAGCUGCUCGAGUAUCUGCCGAUCGCAGAAAUGAUGCAGCCGUCACGUCGAAAAUCUGACAUGGCAAUACAUCUGCAACAGAGUCUGGACGAGGGUAAAGAAUCCUAUGGACCAGCGUGUCGUGACUACUUCUGGUUAGUUUGUCGUCUGAUCGAUUCGUUACCCGAAGAUGCAAUACAGGAAAGUACGAGUGACAAAUCCGGCAGCACUGUUGACCUUCAAGCCCUCGCCAGUCGUGCUAUCAAAUCCAUUCUUGCAAGAGAUUAUGUGGAAAUGAGACAUAACACCAUCGAUGAUGAUGGCCUCGUCGGUCUUCUUAAUCUUUGUUGUAAUAUCAUGGCCCAUAAUCCACCGUGUAAGCAGGGUAAAGUUGGGCAAAAUUUAUUGAAUCGCGUAUUUGACUUUCUAUUUGCGCUACCGAAUCCUCGAGCAAAACACAUGCCGAAGUGCAAAAGCCAAGCUUCAAGAUCAGCAGCUUUUGAUCUACUGAUCGAGCUCGUUAAGUCUGCUCCAGAUAAUUAUCGAAUAUUGCACGAAAAACUUUUGGAACAGCACAAACCUGGUUUGCACUCAGCAUAUUCUUGGGAUUAUUGGCCCCAUGAGGAUGGCAGAUCAGACUGUGGAUACGUCGGGCUUACGAACUUGGGUGCUACUUGCUACAUGGCUAGUUGCAUGCAGCAUUUAUAUAUGAUGCCUCAAGCACGCAUUGCUAUCUUAGGAGCCGAUUGUAAACGCGCGAAUAAGCACCAACUGACUUUGAGGGAGUUACAGAGGAUGUUUGCGUACUUACUUGAAUCUGAAAGAAAGGCUUACAAUCCGCGUAGCUUUUGUCGUGUGUAUACAAUGAAUCACGAACCACUUAACACUGGCGAGCAAAAAGAUAUGGCUGAAUUUUUCAUAGAUCUAGUUUCGAAAUUAGAGGAAAUGACAAAUGAUCUAAAGAACUUAGUGAAAACCCUCUUCUGUGGAAUAAUAUCAAACAAUGUAGUGUCUCUCGACUGCGAGCACGUAAGCCGUACGCUGGAAGAGUUCUAUACGGUGCGUUGCCAGGUAGCAGACAUGAGAAACCUCUACGAGAGCCUCGACGAGGUUACAGUUAAAGAUACGCUGGAAGGCGACAAUAUGUAUACGUGCUCGCAUUGCGGUAAAAAGGUCAGGGCGGAAAAGCGAGCUUGCUUUAAAAAAUUACCGCGCAUACUCUGCUUCAAUACUAUGCGCUAUACCUUCAACAUGGGCACGAUGUUAAAGGAAAAAGUCAAUACACAUUUUAGUUUUCCCCUGCGCCUCGAUAUGUCUGGAUAUAUGGAAAAAAAACUCAUACCACGACACUGUCAAGAACGCACGGAUAAGUCGGAGCUUGAGCAAACCGGUAAAGACGAGGAGAUGGAGAGUUCUGGUAGCUGUACCGGAAAUACUGAAAACAAGGAUGAACACUGUCAGUACGAUCUCAUUGGGGUAACGGUGCAUACAGGCACGGCUGAUGGGGGUCAUUACUACAGUUUCAUACGUGACCGCACUAGCCCUAAUAAAGAUAAAUGGUUUUUAUUCAAUGAUGCUGAAGUGAAGCCUUUUGAUCCAAAUCAGAUAGCCGCCGAAUGUUUCGGUGGCGAAAUGACUAGCAAGACCUACGACUCCGUAACCGAUAAAUUUAUGGACUUCAGUUUUGAGAAAUCCAACUCAGCGUACAUGUUAUUUUAUGAAUGGUGUCAAGAUCCAAGUGAUUUGCCCCUGGAUAAGGAAGACGAGGCUUGUAGUUCUAGUCCAACAUCGUUAGACUUGCCGGCUCAACGAAUGCAAUUACAACGGCCUUGCAGCCCAACAGAUAUUAUGCCGCUGCUGGAACUCAACAAAGAGCUUGAGGAAUGGAUCUGGCAGGACAAUAUGCAUUUUCUUCAGGACAAAAACAUAUUUGAACACACGUAUUUUAGUUUUAUGUGGCAGAUUUGUGGUUACAUACCGCAGACGCUUAUGUCUGCCCAGCCGGAGGUUACAGAACUCUCGGCAGACCUUUCGGCAUCAUUUUUCAUGGAAACCUUCAUACACGCUAAGGAAAAGCCUACUAUGGUGCAAUGGGUUGAGCUAUUGACCAAGCAAUUUAAUAAUUCAUUAACGGCCUGCGCCAGCUUUUUGGAGAAAAUGGUUGCGGAUUCAUGGUGGCCUGUACAAAUUCUAGUCAAGUGUCCGAAUCAAAUGGUUAGACAGAUGUUUCAGAGGCUAUGUAUUCACGUUAUACAAAGAUUGCGAGCUUCACAGACGCCAUUUUAUCUUGUAUGUGAAUCGGACGAAGAUUCCAGCACAGUUGGCACGCAAUCUUGUGUAACACGUUUCAUUCGUAUGUUGUUAUCGUUGAUGGAACAUGCUAAACAACACUUAAAACAUCUCACUGAAUACUUCGCUUUUCUGUACGAGUUCAGCAAAAUGGGCGAGGAAGAGACGAUGUUCCUAAUUAAAGCACAGGCAAUUUCAACUAUGAUCAAUUUUUAUCUCGGUCACAAAACUCACGAAUUUGUUGAUGCCAUCAGUGAAGAAGAGGAAGAAGAGGAAGUCGUAACAAUACCCACUGAAAAACUUAGGCCUGCAUCCUUGGAUAAGAUGAUCACCCUGAUUGCAACGCUGGUCGAGCGCAGCAGGGUUCCAGAUCAUAGGUUGAAUCUGUCAACAUCGGAUUUCAAUGCCGUAGCUGGUGGUAAAGGAUUUCCAUUUUUGUACCAACAGAUCCGUGAUAUGAUAAAUUUAAAUCAGACACGGAACCUUAUUCAAUCGCUCUGUCGCUGGAACGACAGAUUAGCCAUUCAUAUUGUUACUAUGAUAUUUCAAGCAAUCACGAAGCACACAGACGUCUGCCAGCCUUUUUUUAAGAUUCUCACUUUGCUAACCGAGGGUUCUAGUCCGACUGGACUACCUUGCAUGACCCAGCUGAUACUGAGUCGGGUGUGGGAGGUAGCAAGAAUCGCGCCCCAUGGGGCUCUCGAAUGGCUCGCUCUUGCUGUCACGCGUAGCAAACUAGCCCAUGCCUGGGUCCUCCAGGGCCUCGACACCUGGCUCCAGCACUUUCUUAUCGAGCAUUCGAAUCAGCGGGUGCGCUCUGCCGCGGCGUUUCUCCUAGUUUCGCUGGUGCCAUCGGCUCAUUUCCGCCAGGGCUACCGAAGUGCUCACAGGCUCGGUUUAAGUUGUGCUACCACGAGAGAACUUCAGCUCUCUACAGAAGCAACAGUUGUUCUGCAUCAGAUCUACACAGCACUAUUAAGACUCCUCCAGCCAGCUAAACAUUACACGGAUAUAAAUACACACGGCACUAUGAAACUUACAGCCUAUUUCGCUCUUAUGACGUACUGCGUUAUCUCGAAUACUGAAAAACUUAUGUUUGGACAAUAUCUAAAUGAUCUUUGGACUCUAUUUCAUCCGAAACUCUCAGAGCCAAGUAUUCCAGUGCAUCAUAAUAAACAAGCACUUUUACUUUUUUGGUAUCACGUUAGUAAUGACUGCCCUGAAAAUGUUACACUCAUAUUACAUAAUCCACUUAUUACAAAAAAUAUCGCAUUCAAUUACAUUUUAGCCGACCACGAGGACCAAGAUGUCGUUCUUUUCAAUCGUGUAAUGCUGCCAGCAUAUUAUGGAUUAUUGCGACUUUGUUGUCAACAGUCUCAUACUUUUACAAGACAAUUAGCAGCACAUCAAAAUAUACAAUGGGCUUUCAAAAAUAUAACACCACAUCCGACUCAAUAUUCAACUGCUGUAGAUGAAUUAUUUAAAUUAAUGCAACUGUUAGUUGCUCGACAUCCUGACCAAACUGAACAGGAAGAAGCUGAAGUUGCGUCGUUUAGGAGAGGAACAUUGUCAUCUUAUUUGCAAGGGCUUGAUGGAAGAUCUUGUUGGGCAACACUCAUAUCAGCAUUUAGAAUCUUAAUCGAAUCAGACGAUGAUCGUUUAUACGUCGUGUACAACGGUGGUUUGAGCAUGGCCCUCGAGGCCUUUCACAUGCUUCACAUAAUGUACCAUGAAGCGACAGCAUGUCACGUCGCCGGGGAUCUUGCCGAGCUCAUAGCCAUCAUUGUCGAACUAGUUAGAUGCGUGCGAACAGCCCGAGAUGGUCCUGACGCUCGCAACAUUCUCGCGAACUGCAAAGAGUGGCCAGAUGUAUUACGGAAGCUGGCGACUCUUCUCAAUACUUAUAAUCCUUCAGACAUGCGAAAUCUUGCCAUAGAUUUGCUUAAGGAGCUAGUAAUGCUCGUGCCGACUGACGCAAUUCUCAUAUUAGCGCCAUUGCUUUCCCAUUGUCACGCGGCACUUCAGGAGUCACAUGCGACGGUACCGCCGGGCCCAUAUCUUCCGAGGCGCUCAACUCCAGCCGGUAAGAUGCCCUCGAGGCCCGCCAGGCCAAUGGUGCAGAUGGCAGUGCCGCACUCGCAACUCGAAGCCGCUAAAGGCACCGAUCCCGAAUAUGAUAGCGCGUUGCUCGAAUUCUACUUGCCGUAUCACGAAUUGAUCGAUGUCAUGUGUAGGCUUGCUAUCAACAACGACUGCAUGACUGAAAUACUCGUUAAUUUGAGCGCUAUGCUGGGCUUCGAAGGUGUGCCGCUGCAUUUAGCUUUAUUUCCAAGAUUAUGGCUAGAUGUGCACGCUGCUAGUCACAUCGAUAGAAAACACAUAACCGCCUUGCUCCGUUGUUCAUACACUGUAGAUUAUGUAGACGCGGUGCUUUUAGAUGAGAGAUCAUCGCUAGCAGUGCCAGCGAUACAUGCCUUUCUCAAAAGUUUCUUUCCCAAAUUAGCAAGCCAUGUACUUACUGAGCAAACUUGUUCAAUAAUCGAUAAUCUUGUAAGCACCCUUACGUCUAUGGUCGAAGUAGUUGAUGUCCAAGCGUCCGCACACAGGCUUACCGGUGAUCUACGUGCCCUGGCCCUCGUAUAUAGUAGUGGCGCCGAUAUAAAGCCACCGCUGACAUUGCAGAUUGCACUCGAGACUUUGUUAACGCGCACAAAAAUGGCAAGGGCGCGGAUCAAGGAGUCGAAGCAGCAGGAACUUGAGGCGCCUUUGAAGAGACGUAAGUUCGAUAUCACCGAUGAUAUCGAGGACGACGAGGACGAUGACAAUGAAGAUAACGAGGAGGACGAGGAGGAAGGUAGCACCUCGAGUCCUAGUAUCGAAGAGCCCAAACAGAGUAUCGACUCGCUGAUCUCAGUAACGAUGAUGACUACGAGUGCGACGAUGACAAUGACGACAACGACUAUGAUUCUGGCGGCAGCAUCAUCAGCAAGUAGUACUGGCACUGACGCGGCAGCGGCCGGUACUAUUUCGAGUGCUACCGCCACCGCCACCAGCAUCUCAAAUACAAGUAGCCCCAGCGCCACCACGACCACUAGUACUACAUCGACAGCCGUCGGUACCUCGAGCAACGUCAUCACGAAUGCCGCUACAAAAGCGAUUACGGGUGGGCAAAUAACAAACACGCAAUGUCUCAAGGACAAGGGCAAAGAGCAAGAAGAAGCUAAAUCCCUGAAAUCGAGCGACACGGAUAAAACCGAUCAAACGGAUGCUAAGUCAAGUUCAAGCCUUAUCACAGCGAGCAGUACAGCGAGCAAUUGGAACAGCCAACUUUGUCGUUCGAUGAAUAAUGUCUCUUGGCUCGAUAUGCUUGAAAAAACUAUAAUAAAUCUGCAGAUGAUCGUACAAUUCCAAACGAAAAAUUGAAACAUUGCUGAAAUGGAGGAACGAACGAUAUUUUGUAUUUAUGCUUGUUCGCGUAGCAUUUCAAUAACGACUAUAUCAUUAUCGAUGGCACAUUAGGCCCAUU